CAGGCAAAAAACCGCUUACCACAGAUUGCACAAGCAGAGGAACCCUAUCAGCCCAUCGACUUCCACGCCUCCACUCGUCUCUUCCACGGCUUCCACUCUCUGCCUCUGCACCAACACACAAAGGCGCAGAAGCAAGAGGAAAGAAUCGCUUGUUUGAUCAAGAACAUCUGAGAACCCAAAAGUGCAGCCUUUUCACUUUGCUUCGAUUCGAUCAGCUGCAAGAACCGAUUAAACAAGCAAGGCAGGGAGAAAGGUGAGCAGCUCGGUGUUGGUUGCCUUCGGGGACCAAACGACGACGACACCGAGCGGUCUCCCCUUCCCCGACGGCACGGCCACCGAGGCGGCGCCAUCGCGAUGGUCGGCUCCCUGGCGCUGAGGCGUAACCUGCCGUCGCCCUUCUCCAAGUCACCGGCGUCCUUGCUUCUGCUUUCCAAGUCGCUCACCCUCUACUGUUGAGCUGAGCCCCGGCGGCUGUUGUCUCUUGGCUCAUGGGCGCCGUGGCCUCGUCGGCGGGAGGGAGACGUGGAGGUGAGGGGACGGUGCUGGGGGAUUUGCCGGAGAGCUGCGUCGCGGAGGUGCUGCUCAGGCUGGACCCGCCGGAGAUCUGCCGGAUGGCACGGCUCAGCCGCACGUUCCGCGGCGCCGCGUCCGGGGACGGCGUCUGGGGGUCCAAGCUGCCGAGGAACUACGCGCGCCUCCUCGCCGUCGCCGCGGCCGGCGGUGAAGAAGGGCUGCAGGCCGCCGCCGCUGCCGCACUGGAGGCGGAGGUGCUGCCCAAGAAGGAGGUGUACGCGCGGCUCUGCCGCCGGAAUCGCUUCAAUGGCGGCAAAAAGGAGUUCUGGCUGGACAAGGGUGGUGGAGGUGUCUGCAUGUCAAUCUCUGCAAGGGCACUUUCAAUAACAGGCAUUGAUGAUAGGAGAUAUUGGAACUUCAUUCCAAACGAUGAAUCAAGAUUUCGUACAGUUGCUUAUCUCUCACAAAUUUGGUGGUUCGAAGUCAGAGGGGAGGUUGAAUUCUGCUUCCCAGAAGGUACAUAUAGUCUGUUCUUCCGGGUUCAUCUAGGCAGACCAUUCAAGCGGCUUGGACGACGGGUUUAUAGCUCAGAGCACAUCCAUGGCUGGGAUGUAAAGCCAGUGUGCUUCCAAAUGUCGACUUCCGAUGGACAGCAUGCUCAGUCCAAGUGCUAUUUAACUGAUCCGGGUGUCUGGAUCAAUCACCAUGUUGGCGAUUUUGUCGUGAAGAAUUCAAAUGAACCGAUAAAUAUCCAGUUUGCGAUGGUUCAAAUAGAUUGCACACACACAAAAGGAGGUCUCUGCGUGGAUUCAGUGGUAAUAAAACCACAAUACCUUUCGCAGAAGAAAAAGCACCUCGCAGCUGUGUAGAUUUGUCAAACAAGCGACGUUGAUAUCAUUAUAGGCAUAUAGCUUUGUUUCUGUGGUUGCAUUUACAAAGAAAUUUCGAGACCUGUAAUGUAACUGAAGGGGAAGUGAUUUUUAGUUCCUCUUGACCCUCUAGGAACAUGUUGCGUCUCUGUAAAUUGUUCGUUCUGAACGUUCUAAUGUAUAUCUGGUGUCUUCUGCA